AGAUCUCCAAAGAGACCUAAGUGCUCGCAGAGGGCAGCCAAACAAAAAGCCGAACAAAGAAAACCUAGGCCACAAUAGGAUGCCCAUGAUCAUAUCUGAGAAUUGUCUACCUAAACUUUCUAUGAAGAUUCCUCAUUGUAACUAGGGCCGGCAAUGCUUACAGUGCUGCAGAUUAUUCAGUGUGCGGUUCCCCCUCGGUGUCCAGCCGGAUAGUUGGCGGUACAAAUUCCUUGGAUGGGGAGUGGCCAUGGCAGGUUUAUGUUACAGACGGAAAAUAUAUAUGUGGGGGCUCCCUGAUCUCACCGGAGUGGGUUAUGACGGCAGCACAUUGCAUCCACAAACCUAUCAAGCCAUCGAAUUAUAAAGUAUAUUUGGGCAUGUACAAGCUGGAUGUGAUCAGCUCUCAUACAGUUGUUGCCAAUGUAAGGAAUAUCAUCAUCAAUAGUAAGUAUGCAGGUGUUGGAAAACCUGGAGACAUUGCCCUGAUACAGCUGGCCACACCUGUCAACUAUACUCAGUACAUCAUGCCGAUCUGUCUGCCAUCUUCCACCACCACCUUCCCCUGUGGUACAGAGUGCUGGGUGACCGGCUGGGGUACAAGAUAUUUUGGAGGGAGCAUAGUUCUACAUGGGGCCCUCCGGGAGGUCAUGGUUCCCCUAAUAGACCGCAAUACAUGUCAAGCAAUGUAUCUCAAUGGAAAACGUGCCGAAACCAUCCAGUAUGAUCAGAUCUGUGCCGGCUACAAGGAAGGGGGAAAGGACUCCUGCCAGGGUGACUCCGGAGGACCUCUGGUGUGUAAGGUCCGGGGCGUAUGGUACCAGGUUGGAGUUGUGAGCUGGGGAAAUGGCUGCGCCUACCCCAACUUCCCCGGGGUGUACACACUGGUGAUGGCCUACCAAGACUGGAUCAGCACCUACCUGAACGCUACAUUCAACGUCGUGUCAAAUAUCCCGACACCAACGAGGACAUGUGGAGGAAAGUUCUCCAACACAGGAAACAUCGGCUCUGUAGGAAGCAAUGCCUAUCCUUACACCAAUGUUUCUUUAGCAACAACAACAUCGAAAGAAGGAGCAAUCAUCAAAAAUGAUCAACACAAUGGAGUGACCCCCAGCCUUUCCCAUCAGUACUGGGUGAUCCUGAUCCCAACUACUCUUCUGCUGACACUAAUAUAAUGAAAAAUGUCCAUCUCAGCUGACCUAUACCAUGUUUUACUAAAAAAAAAAAAAAAAAA